GCUCACUCAAACACACGUGGUAUGUCCUGCUGACGUUGUCUCCGUAGUUCCGCUUCCUGAAUGUCUUGAGCCGCAUUAUUAUUUUUUAUUAGUAAUAAUACCGGCUCUGAAGAUUCUCUACUCGACAUGGAGAAAGGCGGAAUAUCAGCGAUUCUGUUUGACCUGGACAACACUCUAGUGGACACAGCAGGGGCCGGACAGCUGGCCUUGAAUAAGGUAUGUGAGCUGUUGAGAAGCAAACUGAAGGACGCAAACACCAGUGAUAUUUGUAAGCGGUUUGGCCAUAAACUUUGUGAGGAACAGUUUGACCCAGCUGCAGGCAAAACCAUUGAUGACGUUCGGAUAAAUCACUGGCAUGAGGCCCUGCAGGAAGCGCAAAGUGUGGAUCCCGGCCAUGCUCUGGCCUCAGACUGCUACUACACUUGGAAAAACACUCGUCUCCAGGCUCUAGCAUUAUCUCCUGACGUUUUGGCCUUGCUGCAAGAGCUGAAGCGCUCAUGCAAACUGCUGCUGCUGACCAACGGUGAUGCGCAGACACAGAGGGAGAAGCUAGAGGCAGUGAGAUGUGAGGAACUCUUCAGUGCUGUGGUGGUAGGAGGAGAACAUGCUGAGCAGAAACCUGCAGUCUCUAUUUUCACACACUGCUUCGAGCUGCUGGGAGUGAAGCCAUACGACUGCAUCAUGGUGGGAGAUUCACUGGACACAGAUAUCCAGGGUGGAUACGAUGCAGGGGUCCGAGCUACAGUGUGGAUUAAUAAGAGCAGAGACGGUCUUCCAGAAAACAGUGUGACUCCUGAUUACACCAUUCCCUCUGUGCAAGACUUGCCUCAGGUUUUAGCUAAGCUGAAAUAAUAUUUUUUUAAGCAGUCAAUAUCCAUAUUUUAUUUAGAAUUAUCAUGAGAAUUUUAUAAAUGAUACUGAAAAAAUAAACACUAUUCUGAUAUUAA